UUUGUUACUUGAAGAAUCAAAGUCAAUCAUACGGAGACUGGGAAACGAGAGCCCACGGAUUGUCUGGUGAUUUGUGCUCGUCCCCGCUCACUUCCUGUCCGAAUCAUCAUCGCCUGCAGAAGCCCACCGGAGGCCUGCGAUAUCGCCCUCAAAAUUUACCCCACCACCGAAAGUUAAUCCACACAACUCGUCACUGUCCACCUUACACGCGCUCACACACAAUGCCGACGAUCUCAGUAGACAAGGCGGCGCUCUUCAAGGCGCUGGAGAAGGAGUACACGACAGAGGAAUUCGACGAGCUAUGCUUCGAAUUCGGUAUCGAAUUGGACGAGGACACAAGCCAGAGCAAGAAGCCCGAAGACCUUGCGCAGCCACCGCAGUUGAAGAUCGAAAUCCCCGCGAAUCGAUAUGACAUGCUAUGCUUCGAGGGAAUCGCCAUGAACCUUAGAGUUUUCUUGGAGAAGGAGAAGCUUCCGAAGUGGACAGUUACUCCACCCGCCAAUGGACAACCGGAGACCAUCAUCGUGAAAGAAGAGACUUCCAAAAUUCGCCCGUUGAUCUCAGGUGUUGUGCUGCGCGGCAUUGAGUUCACCCAAGAGAGAUAUGAUUCCUUCAUUGCGUUACAGGACAAACUCCACCAGAAUCUUGCCCGCCAGCGCACGUUGGUCUCGAUUGGAACGCACGACCUAGACACUAUCAAGGGCCCUUACACAUACGAGGCGCUUGCACCGGAACAGAUCGAAUUUGUGCCUCUGAACCAGACCCAGAAGAUGAAUGGAAAGCAGCUCAUGGAAUUCUAUGAGAAAGACAAGCAUCUCGGUCGUUACCUCCACAUCAUCCGCGAUUCUCCCGUAUACCCCGUCAUAUAUGAUGCAAACCGAACAGUGUUGUCUCUACCACCCAUCAUCAACGGAGACCACAGCAAAAUCACGCUCAACACCAAGAAUGUCCUGAUCGAAAUCACUGCCCUGGACAAGACUAAGGUGGAGAUUGUGAAUCACAUACUAGUUGCCAUGUUCGGCGGAUACGCAGAGUCGAUAGAAGCUAUCCACGUUGACUCACCACACAACCGCGAGUCAAGAGAUGUCCCCAACCUGGGACCCCGGGAGAUGCAGGCCGAAGUGACAUAUCUCAACGAAGUGACAGGACUCAACCUGUCGCCCCCCGAGAUCUCCAAGCUCCUCGAGAAAAUGGGCUACACCGUCACACCAUCCAGCUCCGAUGAGAAGUACCUAGACGUCUCGGUGCCGAUCACAAGAGCCGACGUCCUCCACCAGGCCGACGUCAUGGAAGAUUACGCCAUCGCAUACGGCUUCAACAAUCUCCCCCGUGUAUACCCCAACAAGUCCGCCGCGGUGGCCGCCCCCCUACCGAUCAACAAGCUCGGCGACAUCGUCCGCUUCGAAGCCGCCGCCGCAGGCUGGAACGAAGUCAUGCCACUGAUCCUGUGCUCGCGCGAGGAGAACUUCGACUGGCUGAACCGCAAGGACGACGGCACCACGGCCAUCACGCUCGCCAAUCCCAAGACGGUCGAGUACCAGAUCGUGCGGACGUCACUCCUCCCGGGCCUGCUCAAGACGAUCAACUCGAACCGCCACCACGCUGUUCCCAUCAAGGUGUUCGAGUCCAGCGACGUCAGCUACGUCGACCUGACGCAGGAGCGCAAGUCGCGCAACGAGCGACACUUCGCCGCCGCCUUCAUGGGCAAGACGAGCGGGUUCGAGCAGAUCCACGGCCUGCUGGACCGCAUCAUGGCGAUGCUCAAGUCGGCGUUCAUCACCCGCGAGGAGGGACUCCAGAACGUCAAGCUGGACGGGUACUGGAUCGAGGAGGUCGAAGACCCAACCUUCCUAAAGGGCCACUCCGCAGCCAUCAAGCUCAACAUCGGCGGCAAGAACCACACUAUCGGCGUCUUCGGCAUCCUGCACCCCUCCGUCCUGCGCAAGUUCGAGCUCUCGUAAGUUUCUCUCCCUUUACUGGUUUCCCUUGACACCUUCCCCUACCUAUCGUUGAGAUUCAAAUACGAAGAAGAGAAGUAAACCAAGAGGACGAACGCUAACGUAUUCUUUCCUUUCUUGCGUAGAUACCCCGUCAGCACGCUGGAAUUCAACCUCGAGGUCUUCCUAUGAUACUGAUCCCGCUACUCCUGCGAUGAAUGAAAUGCUCUGGAAGGAUCGAGAAGCGUCCGAAGUGCACAUGCAUCUAUGUAUGGAUGUUGGAGCCUGAAAGAAAAGGCAGGAACGAAAAAUGAAAAGAUGAACAAAAAAGAAAAAACCGUAGGAUGAUAGAUAGAUAAAGAUACCUUUUUUGAAACA